GGUCUUGUGUUACUUGCAUCCAGUAGAUUUUCGCAACCUCCACCAGGGCAUUGGUCCACAUUGUGGGUGGUCAACACACGUGGUACGUGGUCGCCACUCGAGAUAUCUUUGGCCCCAUCGGCUAUAUGUUCUGCGAACAAUGUGCACUGCAAACUGCCACAUAUGGUGCGGAAGUGAGUUUGGUUGGGUGCGAACGUGGCAAUAUUUGGAAAGAAGGUGGUUUACCUUUUCUAUCCGCCACGCGUUAACUGUCAGGGUGACUGAGCUACAAAAUUUUAAAAUGAUCAUUACACCCACACUUGGAUUUAAUGAUUUGGGUGCUGUUGCAAGAGCUGAUAAGAACGAGGAAGCUUUUCUACCGCCACUUCAGUUUGGACAAAAACGCUACUUUGGCGAAGUGUGGCCGUUCAUUGAACCAGAGAAAACGAGGCUUUUAAAUUUUAUUCGGCAGUUGAUAUGGAGUGGUGUUGCUGAAUAUAUUCCGUGUUCUCCUUUAGAGGGAGUGUUUAAUACGCCCCAAGUCGUUUCUGAAGUAAGGCACCAAGAUGCGAUAAUCGAUCAUGUUCAAAAUAUAAUAUUGAAUACGGGAAUACCGACAGAUAGUGAAACUCAUUACGAACUGCCUGAUGUUCCACUUACGAGCAGAACUAGAUUAACGUCAAGAUCAAAGACUGGAAAAGAUGAUAAAGAAAAAUUAAAGAAAUCAAAUCCUCCAAAUAAAUUCGAGUUAAUUUUGAGUGGGGAUACUGUAUUAGCUGGUGCAGGUAGGGUAGUCGCUUUUGAGUCAUGCGGAAGUCGGCCAGAUGAUCUUGGAGAAGUCGUAGUAUUGCUUAGCAGUAUUAAUUUACCCGCACGUGAUGAUUUGCCCGUCAUUUUCGUGAAUAUUGAUACUUUGUUCGAUGUGCCGUUGGAAGCAAUGACCAAGCUCAGGAUUAUAAGUUUGUAUACAAGAUGGAUAUUAAAAGAUAACGUUCACGAUUCUGAGCGUCGAUUACUAAAUAAAGGGAUGGACCAGCAUCUCACAUGUGGUAGUAUAAACUUCAAUGACCAUCAUGCUGUGCCUUUGCCACCGGAGUUGGUUACCGAAAUUACUUCAACAUUUUUAGAAGAACCUUAUAAAAUACAGCUCCGUGGAACAAAAUAUCCCUCUGCAAUAACCAAAAAGCCCCAAUUUUUUGGAUACGCCCCUAAUGACAGAGAGAUCAGUACUUCUGUGCCAACAAGUUUUGAAUUUACAGAAGAGCUAGAUUUUCUAAUAGCUACAACAAAUAUUGACGCAAAACAGUUAGCUAGAGGUUAUAAUACCGUCGUGCGAGGGGAGUAUUCGUUAAACCCAUUGACAGUAUCAGUAGUAGAAUUGAAUCGGCAGAGAUUCUGUACUAAUGACAUUAAUGCCAUAAGAGCCUCAGUGAGACCAAAUAUAGUGGUACCUGCACAUGUAAUUUUGGAAGCACAUAUGACAUUGGAGGUGUCAAUAGGUAUAGUUGGUUGCAAACCCUGCAGACCAAUAAAUUGCUUCUCAAGAUUAUACGCUAUUUUACAUAAUGUAAAUGACGCCAUGGCACUUGUGACAAAAAUAACACAGAUAAAUGAAGAAACAACAGUGAUAAGAAGUAACGAAUUGCUAACGGGCUUUGCCGUUGACACUGGAAGUGCUUGUUUAUUGUAUGUAGAAGGUCUAAGAGAUGGAAACAUAUUAAUAAUUUGGCAAAUGACUGAAGAUUUUUAUCCCCGAGUUAAACCUCUUUAUUCUAGUUCUGCACGAUAUUUCUCAAGGAUCUACGCAGAUUUAAUAGAAAUCGCCAUACCAUUUGUGGUGUUGAAAAUGCACGCAAAUAUGGGCGUUAUACUUGCGUGUCCAUCCGUGUACGUACGUCCGGCGCUACCGUUGCCAGCUAGAUCGGCACUGUUAAAGAUAAAUCGUAUAUUGGCUGGCAGAUUAUUACAUCAACCACCACGCUCCUUAAUGCCAACUAGUAACGAGCUAAAUAGCUUUCGUCUAGAGAUGUGUACCCCACCUCGUCCUACAAUUGUAAAGAAACAACAGUUACUAAAAUCUGAUGAGAUUGGAAAAAAUCCCCGUACGUCGUUAUCACGAAUCAAUUGGGAGAAAAAUUGAAUUACAAUAAUUAUAUAAAGGAAAGGAGGUUGCAGAAGUUUUGUUUUCUAAUCCCUUAAAAUCGGAUGCUGAAGUCCAACCCUCUACUUCCCAAGUUCAGACACAGAAGAAAAAACGGAGCAAGCCUGCUAAAGCUUCGAAGCCCAAGUUAUCUUCGAAGUCGAAAAAACGCAUUGUUGAGAGCGACUUAAUCGGAGACUGAUCGUGCAUCAACAGCUUUACUUCCAGGGGCGCCUACUCCUAGAAAACGAAAGGCCCGUCUAUUUUCAGAUUCUGAGGGAGCUAGAGGCAAUUGAAACCAAUCGCUGGCAGCGUUCGUUGAUCAGUAUUAAAACUGCUGUCGAUGAAAAGACGCCAACUUGGAAUGCUCCCACCCAACUGGUAUCAGCAGUCCAAGAAGAUUACAAAACCGUGCAGCCCAUUAUGUGUCCAUAAAAAAAAAAAAAAGCCAAACGUUAAAACAUACUGUUUGAAUGGACAUUCACAUUUUAUGUUUAUAUUA